GACGGUACGCAACGUGGACAGCCAAGUUACCGCUAAUUGUUGUGUUGCGGGGUUUAUUUCAAUCAAUUGCUAAAUAAAUAUGCCAAUACUACUGCCUUUCAUGUAAGGCUCUGUGUAAAUGGGCGUUAGUUGAUGUACCUGAAUCUGAAAUUGGGAUCUUUAUCGUGCUCGGAUUGCGUAUUUAGCAAGGCGUACAACAUAAGCUUGAUUUUUGCAUAGCAGCAAUAACAAACGAAUUGUUGAAGAUGGAGCUCAAGGAAAGAAAUUUUAAGAAAAUUGGACUUAUCUGCGUCGCGGUGCUUCUGUGUGGUAUGGUGUUUAGCUAUGGGAUAUUUCCGUCAAUUUUGCGUUUCAUGAUUAAGCAGAACGUGCUGCUGAAACCGGGCACACAAAUACGGGACAUGUUCGAGAAGAUACCAUUUCCGCUCGACUUCAAGCUGCACAUCUUCAACGUGACGAACCCGGAUGAAAUUAUGCGCGGUGGCAAACCCCGCGUCAACGAUAUUGGACCACUUUAUUUCGAAGAAUGGAAGGAAAAGUAUGACACGGUGGACAACGUGGAGGAAGACACGCUCACAUUCACACUGCGCAACACAUGGAUAUUCCGACCCGAUCUGUCCGCACUAACUGGCGAGGAAAUUGUCACCAUACCGCAUCCCCUCAUUAUGGGCGUCCUGCUGAUGGUGCAGCGGGACCGCGAGGCAAUGAUGCCGCUGGUCAAGAAGGGCGUCAACAUCCUGUUCGAUCCGCUCGAGUCCGCCUUCCUGAAGGUGCGAAUCAUGGACCUGCUGUUCGAUGGCAUUUACGUCGACUGCAGCAGCCAGGACUUUGCUGCGAAGGCGCUCUGCUCCGGCAUGGAUUCAGAAGGUGCAGUUAUGCCGCACAACGAAACCCACUACAAGUUUUCCUUCUUUGGCAUGCGCAAUCAUACCGAGGCAGGCCGUUGGGUCGUGUACCGGGGCGUGAAGAACAUUCGUGACCUCGGCCGGGUGGUAUCGUACAACGAGGAAACGGAAAUGGACAUCUGGGACGGGGACGAGUGCAACCAGUACAUCGGUACCGAUUCGACCAUCUUCCCCCCGUUUCUCACCGCUCAGGAUCGGCUAUGGGCAUGGUCGCCGGAAAUCUGUCGGUCGAUCGGUGCGCACUACGUGCACAAAUCAAAGUAUGCCGGGCUGCCGAUGAGCUAUUUCGAGCUGGACUUUGGCGAUCUUAAGAAUGAGCCGCACAAUCACUGCUUUUGUCGCGAUGCACCCGACGAUUGCCCACCGAAGGGCACGAUGGAUCUGUCGCCCUGUCUUGGGGGACCCAUAAUCGGCUCAAAGCCCCACUUCUACGGCGCCGAUCCGCAGCUGAUCGAAGCGGUGGACGGGCUGGCACCGAACAAGGAAGCACACGAUGUCUACAUUCAUUUUGAGCUGUUCACCGGAAGUCCGGUUUCGGCCGCAAAACGGCUACAGUUCAGCAUGGAGCUCGGCCCGAUACGAGACCACGAGCUGUUUGGUCAGCUGCCGGACGUAAUUUUGCCCAUGUUUUGGGUCGAAGAGGGUGCCUCGCUCAACAAAACCUGGACCAAUCAGCUGAAAUAUCAACUGUUUCUGGGGCUCAAGUUUAAUGCCACUGUCAAAUGGUUAACCAUCAUCAUCGGUACGGUCGGGGCCGUCGGGUCGGCGUACAUGUACUUUCGCAAGGAAACCAAAACAACCGACGUGGCCCCGGUGGAUGUAUCGACCCCGGACACCAAUCCGUCGUCUGCCAAGGAUGGUGUUGUGAACGUUUCGCUCGGCAGAAACCUGCCGCCCGUUAUCGACGGGUUGGACAAACCGCCGAAGCUCAGGGCGACCGAGCUUCAGCAGGAACGGUACUAAUGUACUAAAAAGAACAGAAUUUGAUCUUUAGUUAUUGUAGCUGUUGUGAUACGAAGUGUCGUUUACAUUAGUUUCGUAGUUUUUUUUUUUUGAAUUAUUCAAUCUGCUUCAUAACACAUGUGCAGCUGCAAAAAUGAUACAAUGGCAUUUCAUUGGCAGAGCAGAAUUACAAUAAAACACCUUUGCUAUGUUGGGAUCGAAAUUGUUUAAUAUAUUACUACGUGUAUGCAUAUUCCCGGUAUGGUUGGACCGAAACCCGUUUUCAAAAGAAUGUGUAAUCAAACUUUGCUCGGGUCACAAUUUAAUUACACGCAAAAUUCAAUAUCAAAUUGAUUCUUGGUUUAUUCUUCGUGGAAUACCAUUUUUCGCUGUCCCGUUUUGAUAUGAAAAAUUCCACCGCAAAGGGUAAAAAGCCGGUUUUGUAGUAACACUAUUUACGUGGCGGGCGGGUUGGAAUAGUUCGGGGACACUUGUCCUGCCGAAUGCAGGGACCGUCCGGUGCGUACUUCCUCACGUAUCCCUGCUUGCAGUAGCAACCCUUGUAGCACACGUCCGGACAUGUAGUAUCAUCCUCCAGGGCACAAGUGCGCUGAAUGCACGAGCCGCAACACUGGUACCGCUCCCGGGCUGGGCAGAUUUCUACAAAAUAAGCAAUCAUCAUAAACAUACAUGGAUCCUUCGCGGUAGUAUCAAUCGCAACUGAGCGGCAUGCUUACCCUUCACACAUCCCGCCUUUUGUGCACCGAUUGUAGCGAACGCUACGAUCACUAUAAAACACACUACCAAUGAGAGGCGCAUUGUUUCGCUUGGUUUGCCUUCAGCUAACGGGUAAAGAUACUGCUGGUUUAUCGUCCGAUGGUCUCGAAGUGAUCUUAAUAUGUACCCAAGCUUGCCCGUUUUGUUCCAGGCAUUUUGGUGCGAACGCCGUUGUUCUUCUGCACGAUCGGGAACGCGUUCAGUUGUGCAAAUUAAGGUAGACGAAACGUUCUCCUAUUCCCCGAUGUCAGUUUGUUUGUUUGUUAUUCGUUUGGUUUCUUUACUACAUGUUUACACAUACUCGGAACCCGCCCAGGAAGUUAAAAAAAA